AUGGAAGUCCCCACGACGAUUGCGCCAAAUCAUGCCAGGUUCUCGAGGUAUCGAUCUGUAAGGAAAGCAGCUGCGCAGGAAAACCAAGGAGCACCAUUUGAGCCCCCUGUACCUGUGCCAGCAUUGGCCUCGAACGCCGACUUUCAGCAAGCUCAGCGUCCAGUCAGUAGAGCACCUUCUCGUUAUCGACGGACAGUUGCGCCUCAAAGUCACGAUGUUCCUCUACCGACAGUUCCGCUACCAGUUACGAACUCUACAACCCAUGCGACAAACGUGCCAUCAAGGUACCAGAAGGGAAGGCAGAAACUCCAGCAGCCAUCAACAAUUCCCGAGUCUGACAUGACAGAUCAGGUUGCUCCGUAUGUUCAAGCGCCGGUAGAUGAACAAGCUCAGACACUCCAAACCUCUGUAACAUCUCGUCAACAGUUACGCAAUAACGAAGCCCCUUUGACCUCACGAUACGUUACGCCAUCGGCUGCUCGUCGCAGGAGUAAGACAGCAUCGUCUCCACAACCCAGACACCCAUCACUGCGACGAUCGUACGACGCUGCUCGGGAAGAAGCACGGCAAAUAUUGGAUGGAGAAUAUGAUCGAUUGACCAGGUUGAAGAAACAGCAAGAGAAAGCCGAAGAGGAGCGCAAGCUCAGGGCAGAAGCGAGGCUCGUAGCCCAGCGUGCUGAGCGAGAUCGCGAAUCAGAAAGCUUGGUGGAAGCCCAGGUUGUUGCGCAAAGAGACAAAUCUUUGCCGCAAGCUCCAAGGACUAGGAAAUGGACGAUUGGAAGAGAGCCGGACAGAAAUAUACCACCACCUCCUGCUCCUUCGACCUCGCCGCCGUUGACUCGAAACCUGGAACCCCCAAACAUUCGGCGUCGCGAUACGACUCCGCCUGCCAGACAUAGGCAACAAAAGGAACACAAUACCGAAGAGCUUACGACUAAUCGCUCGUGUGAUGACUUCAGCAAGAAGAGACGUAUGCGACGUCCAACACAAUCUCGUUCUCCCGAAGCACCUCCAUCACAGACAUGGGAACCGAGAGUAGGCGACGGACCUCCCAAGACUGCCGUAAAUGGUCCUCAACCGACCGCUGAUGCUCCUGUAUCAGCUGUCAAUGCUGGUGAUCGACGGGUCGAGGUCCGGUUUGAGAAUUCGAGGAUAACACUACCAGUUACACCUUCCACUACUGUCAAGGACCUGCUCAACUCAUCUUCUAUCGUACUGUCGCAACCUAUUGACCCCCGUACUUCCGUGCUGGUUGAGACAUACUUCCCACUUGGCCUAGAACGUCCUCUGAGACGCUAUGAGCAUAUACGAGAAGUGAUGAAUUCGUGGGAUAGUGACACGCAAAAUCACCUAAUGAUCCUUCCCAAGUCGGCUUGCGCAGCCGUCGGUUUAGAACAAAGUGAUGCACCAAAAGAGCAACCCUCGUCUACCAUGAUGCAGCUUUAUCAUUCACGCAAGCCUGGGAAAUGGGAUAAACAUUGGAUGAUCCUCAGAGCGGAUGGUCAAGUCACUGCUUCUGCAAAAGCUAACGACGGACAUGCUACCAACGUGUUUCACAUGUCUGACUUUGACGUGUACAUGCCGACCAAGAAAGAGCUUAAACGAUUGCGGCCGCCCAAGAAGAUAUGUUUCGCCAUAAAAAGUCAACAGCGUUCCAUCAUGUUUGAAAGUACUGAGAACUUUGUACAUUUCUUCGCAACCAAUGACAAAAAUAUUGCAGACCAGUGGUACAAUACUGUCCAGUCUUGGCGAAGUUGGUAUCUCGUCAACAUUCUUGAGCAAACAACGAAAGGAAAGGCACCUCCAAAAGAUGCAAUUGCUGCAGCUGCUCUAACAAAUACGACAACACACCUCGAGCCCUCCACUGAUCGUUCACGAGACUCGGUACUCUAUCAAUUGGGUACCUUCAAACCACUUCUCGAGUUCGACGCUGAUGCUUUCCAGUACGGAAGUGGCGGUCAAGAACCUGCACGACAUGCAGAGCCUAAACUUGAAGGCAGCCCGAAGCGCUCACUAACACUAGUCAAUCGUUCACGGAAUCAGUCUGUUACAGCAACAACUUCGCCUAGUCCCAGGCGACAUGCAAGCAUAAAACGAGAUGUAGCUUCAUCCUCGUCUCCUGAACACACGCCACAGCCAUCGCAAAGUCGAGCACCACCACUCGUACCAGAGAGCAACACAGACCCAGCUUUCACAGGUGGGGGCCUCCUAGCUCGCGCUUUUAGCGUAAAGAAAGCUCAUGCAGAAGAGGCCGCCGCCUUCAUGGAAAAUACAGAUAAUGCAUUUACAGGAAAGGGUCUACUUUCGAGGAAGGUGAGUGUCAGAAAGCGAGUCCCAGAGGACUUAAACCCUGGAGUCAUUCACGACGCAAGGGAUGCAUUUACUGGCGCCGGCCUGCUCUCUGAAAAGACCAGCACAAAGAAAUUCGACGUUGAGGAUCUGAACCCUGGUGUUGUGCGAAACACGAGCGACGCUUUUACUGGCGGUGGUUUACUGUCCGUACAAAGGACAUUGACGAAGAAGAGGUCUGCCGCUAACAAUCAGCCUGGACAGCCUUUGCUGGAUCUGUCUGCUAGCAGCCAUUUUGCAGAUGGUAGUUUGUUGCGGAGUGUAGAGGGAUAUGAAGCUGCAACUGGACAAAACCAGCCACAUAUUGAUCGAAGUCGAGCGGUUGAAGUUAAGGAAAGUGGGUGA